UUGUUUGACUUUCACUGUGUGGUUCCAAGUUCUUUCCCUAUCAAAGCUGAAAGAAGUAACCAGGAAUGUGUUAAUUCUUCACCGGACUCACAAACAAGUAAUAUUAAUAUAUUUUAUAGGUUGGACUAUCUGCAGUCCCAGCUAUACCACAUUUUGGUGUUGAUUUUAGGGAAGACAAUUGUACGCGAAGAUGGCGCAUUUGUUUAUGAAAUAGCUGUCGUAACAGAUCUUGACCAUGAAAGUAAAAGUUCGACCAAGAAGAAUACUUGGCAAAGUUUCAUGAAAAAAGGCGUUAUCACAGUCAGUGCGGAUAGAACUACAGCUUCGGUCAUUUGGCAUGAUGGCAAGGAGAUCCUUUUAACGUCAUCUUUUUCCGCUGGAGGUCGGUCAAUGGAAUUAUCAGAUCUUGGAAUUUUUAAUGGCCAUCUUGUGUCUAUUGACGAUCGCACUGGAUUAAUAUAUAUAAUUGAAGACGAUGAAGCUCGUCCCUGGGUUUUUUUAAGCGAUGGACCGGGUAAUGUUACUAAAGGGUUUAAAGGAGAAUGGCUAACAGUCAAGGAUGGAGAGCUUUGGGUUGGUGGGCUUGGAAAAGAAUGGACAACGACGGAAGGGGUAUUUGUGAAUCAUAAUCCUAUGUGGGUAAAGCGUGUGACUGUAGAUGGGUGUGUUACGCAUGUGAAUUGGGUCGAAAAUUAUAAAAAAUUACGUUUGGCAACCGGUAUUACUUACCCUGGAUAUAUGAUUCAUGAAUCAGCGCAGUGGUCAGAUAUACAUCGGAAAUGGUUUUUCAUGCCACGGCGUGCAAGCAACGAAAUGUAUACUGAAGCUGCUGACGAAACACGGGGAACAAAUUACUUGUUGGUAGCUUCAGAAGAUUUUUCUACGGUUGAAGUUCGAAUUGUGGGUAAGCGCGUCGGCCCCCGCGGUUUUUCUGCAUUUCAGUUUAUUCCUGAAACUAAUGACAAAUUAAUUGUAGCUCUGAAGUCGGAAGAAAAAGACGGCAUUCCUGUUGCUAGUUACAUUACUAUUUAUGAUUUUGAAAAAAAUAUUGUUCUGUUGGAUGAGCAACCGCUUCAAGAACCCUACAAAUAUGAGGGGAUUGCCUUCAUCUAA